CAAAUUCUAGCUGCUCUCUCAUCAAGUGUUUUUUGUUCUCAGAUUUUUGUUAGUGUGAAAUGUUUACGCUCUUCUUUUUUGCUAAUUCAUUUUCAAUUCUCAUUAAAUUACAUUUUCUAAUUUACAGUUUAAAAUGACCGAAAAUUGGCAAGUUGCAAUUAUAACAGUGUUUACAGUGCUCGGCGGAAUCACAAUCGCCGCUGUGGUCAGCGAGGUGUACAUGUGGCUGACAUCCUCAGGGUUCUCAGUCAGAGACAAACACUGCUACGUAGCUGGAGGCAGCCAGGGUCUAGGCAAGGCCAUCGCCCAGGAUCUAGCUCGUCGCGGGGCCCACGUGACAAUAGUCGCCCGCCGCGAAUCAGUCCUCAAGGAGGCACUCGAAGAGAUCAAGGCCUGCGCUCAAUUGCCCGAGGAGCAAAAGUUCUACUAUGUUGCGGCUGAUUUGACCAACUAUGAGGAAGCUGUCAAAGCCGUGUCCCAGGCUGUCGAGAAGCAAGGGCAGAGCGUUGAGAUUUUGUUUUCGGUUGCCGGCAUGGCUUGUCCUGGUCUUUUCAUCGAGCAGGAUGUGCCGACCUUGACCAAGAUUAUGAAUCUGAAUUAUUUUGGUACCUUGCACACAGUCCACGAGGUGACUAAGCGUAUGGUGGCGGAGAAUAUCAAGGGCGCGCGUAUUGUUUUGGUUAGCUCGACGUUGGGAUUCUUUGGGCUCAUUGGUUAUUCAGGAUACUGCGCGUCAAAGUUUGCUAUUCGCGGCCUGGCAGAGGCUCUGCGUAUUGAGCUGCGGAUGUACUCGAUUGGCGUGCACUGUUACUUCCCGGGAACCAUUUUUACCCCUGGGUACGAGUCGGAGAACUUGACCAAGCCGCAGAUCACCAAGGAUAUUGAAGGGGCCGAUGAGGGUAUGACGCCUGAGCAGUGCUCCAAGGGUAUGUUUAAGGGAUUGGUUCGCGGAGAAUUUGCCAUUACUACCGAUCCCAUUUCGAUGCUGUUCCGGUGCGGCACGCGCGGUGCUACUCCCAACAACAACUUUGUAUUGGAUACUAUUAUCUCUGGCAUUUCUUGGAUUGCGUUUAUUCCGUGGCGCAUGUUUGUCGAUUACACGGUCACGAAGCACGCGGCCACUGUUUCCAAGAGCAAGAGCAAGAUGAAGAACAGAAAGUCGGAGUGAGAAAUACUAUAAUAAAGAAAAAAGCGUGAC